GAAAAAGAAGAAAACGUAAAAUCACUAAAAUCAUCGAUAUCCCCUCUUCUUGAAAAAAGAGGAGAAAGAAGGGAGCAGAAGAGAGAAGAAGAAAGGAAGCAUGGUUUCGACGAGACGGAGUGGAUCUCUCUCUGCCAACAACUCCAAACGAUCUUCCUCAUCGGAAAGCAAACCUCCUUCGCCGAAGCGUCAGAAGGUCGACAAUGGUGGUUCGUCGGAGAAACCGGUGCCGACACCGGCGGAGAAUUCGAAGGAUUUACGUACUUCGGAGCCCGUGCCUGAUCCUGGGGAAUGUGGCUCUGCCGACGUUCAGAUCGCCGGAGCCGGUUCCGCCGAUGGAGUGAGCUCCGGCAAAGUCGACGCUACGCCGGCUGUGCCUGUCACGGCACCGAUUGCUGAUGCCGCAUGUCCGUCCUUCUCUUCGUGGAGUGUGUAUCAGAAACAGAUUCCGAAUAUCGAGGGAGGACCGUGGUGCAGGUUUUUGUCUCAGUCUGCACAGAAUCCUAAUGUUGCUGUUUGCAUACCCAAUUUCACGAUUGGUUCUAAUAGAAGUUGCAACUUUGCACUAAAGGAUCAGACUAUAAGUGGAAAUUUAUGCAAGAUCAAGCUCACGCAGCGCGAUGGAAGUGUUGUAGCUGUGUUAGAAAGUACGGGUAGCAAAGGAUCUGUGCUAGUAAAUGGAACGCAUGUCAAGAAGAAUAGCAGCUGUGUGCUUAACUCGGGUGAUGAAGUUGUUUUUGGUGUUCUUGGAAAUCAUUCUUAUAUUUUCCAGCAACUUAAUACCGAGGUUGCAUUAAGGGGUGCGGAAGUUCCAAGUGGUGUUGGGAAAUAUCUGCAGCUUGAAAGGAAAAGUGGAGACCCUUCAGCUGUGGCCGGGGCCUCUAUUUUGGCUUCUCUUUCCAUCAAACAGGACCUUACAAGAUGGAAAUCUCCAACUCAUACCUCUAGUAAACCUCACCCGGGUACUGACGUCUCUAGUCAUCCUAUUCAUGAUAGUACAGAAAUUGAGCUUGAUGCCUCAGAGUCAACUCCAAAUGUGCAUACUGAUAAAGCAGAAGAUGCUCAAACAAAUGAGAAGAAUUCAACAAUGGAUUGCAAUCCGGAUGCUGGUGCAGAGGCAGGCAAUGUAAAACUCUCUGGGGUUAAUGAUUUCCUAAGGCCUUUCUUCAGGAUCUUAGCUCGACCUAGUUGUAAACUGAAAUUGAGCAAAAGUAUCUGUAAACAGGUAUUGGAAGAAAAAAAUGGGACGCUGGACAUGCAGGCUGCAUCAACUUUGGGUACAUCUGUACGCUCAGCUGUGUUUAAAGAAGAUGUUCAUGCUGCUAUAUUGGAUGGGAAAGAAAUAGAUGUUUCUUUUGACAACUUCCCUUACUAUUUAAGUGAGAGCACAAAAAAUGUCUUGGUGGCUGCUUGCUAUAUGCACCUAAGGCAUAAAGAACAUGAAAAGUUUACUACAGAUCUUACAACCAUAAACCCUCGUAUUCUCCUCUCAGGACCUGCAGGGUCAGAAAUAUAUCAAGAGAUGUUGGCAAAGGCACUUGCAAAAUACUUUGGAGCUAAGCUGCUAAUAUUUGAUAGUCAUUUGCUUUUGGGUGGUUUAUCUUCCAAGGAAGCUGAGCUACUCAAAGAUGGAUUAAAUGCUGAAAAAUCUCUCAGCAGCACUAAGCAAAGUCCUACAGCAACAAAAAUGGCUGGGAGCGUGGAUCCACCUGCUACUGAAACAGAGACACCUAGCUCUUCAAAUGCACCUUCACUGGCCUUUGACUCUCAACCUAAGUUGGAAACUGAUAACAUGCCAUCCACCUCUGGGACAGCCAAAAGUUGCUUGUUCAAAUUAGGUGAUAGGGUGAAAUUUAGCUGUUCAUCUUCUUGUGGAGUAUAUCAAACAUCUUCAAGGGGGCCAUCUAAUGGAGGUCGGGGGAAGGUUGUCUUACUAUUUGAUGAUAAUCCCUUGUCUAAAAUUGGUGUGAGAUUUGAUAAACCCAUACCUGAUGGAGUUGAUCUUGGUGGUGCCUGUGAGGGAGGUCAAGGUUUUUUCUGCAAUGUCACCGAUCUUCGCUUGGAAAGUAGCGCUGUAGAAGAACUGGACAAAUUACUUAUUCAUUCGCUGUUUGAGGUUGUUUUUAGUGAAAGUAGAAAUGCACCAUUCAUUUUGUUCAUGAAAGAUGCUGAGAAGUCUAUUGUAGGAAAUGGAGACUCAUAUGCAUUUAAAAGUAAGCUUGAAAGUCUUCCAAACAAUGUGGUCGUAAUAGGUUCUCACACUCAAAAUGACAGUCGUAAGGAAAAGUCACAUCCUGGUGGUUUGCUUUUUACAAAAUUUGGUAGCAAUCAGACUGCCCUUCUUGACCUGGCUUUCCCUGAUAGUUUUGGACGAUUGCAUGACAGAGGGAAGGAGGUUCCAAAGCCAAAUAGAACUUUGACUAAGCUCUUCCCAAAUAAAAUUAUAAUUCACAUGCCUCAGGAUGAGGCUCUUCUAGCAUCUUGGAAGCAGCAACUGGAUCGAGACGUUGAAACUCUCAAAAUCAAAGGGAAUUUACAUCACUUGCGUGCAGUUUUGGGACGUUGUGGAAUGGAAUGUGAAGGACUUGAGACGUUAUGCAUUAAGGAUCAGACGCUUACAAAUGAAAAUGCAGAGAAGAUAAUUGGUUGGGCUUUAAGUCACCACCUCAUGCAGAAUUCAGAAGCUAAGCCUGAUUCGAAGCUUGUAUUGUCAUGUGAGAGCAUUCAGUAUGGAAUUGGGAUCUUGCAGUCCGUCCAGAAUGAGUCCAAGAGCCUGAAGAAAUCUCUUAAGGAUGUUGUAACAGAAAAUGAAUUUGAAAAGAGGCUUUUGGCUGACGUUAUUCCUCCUAGUGACAUUGAUGUUACCUUUGAUGAUAUUGGAGCUCUUGAAAAGGUCAAGGAUACAUUGAAAGAGUUGGUGAUGCUUCCUUUACAGCGACCUGAGCUUUUUUGCAAGGGGCAAUUAACCAAGCCAUGCAAAGGUAUCCUAUUAUUUGGUCCUCCUGGAACGGGUAAAACAAUGCUCGCAAAAGCAAUUGCUACUGAAGCUGGUGCAAACUUCAUUAACAUUUCUAUGUCAAGUAUUACAUCUAAGUGGUUUGGUGAGGGUGAGAAAUAUGUGAAAGCUGUUUUCUCUUUGGCGAGUAAAAUUUCUCCAAGUGUUAUAUUUGUUGAUGAGGUUGACAGCAUGCUGGGUCGGAGGGAAAACCCAGGGGAGCAUGAGGCCAUGCGAAAGAUGAAAAAUGAAUUCAUGGUAAAUUGGGAUGGCUUACGUACGAAGGAAACAGAGAGAGUUCUUGUGCUGGCAGCCACUAACAGGCCUUUUGACCUAGAUGAAGCUGUUAUAAGGAGAAUGCCAAGAAGAUUGAUGGUAAAUUUGCCAGAUGCUCCUAAUAGAGCAAAAAUAUUGAAAGUCAUACUGGCCAAAGAGGAGUUGUCUCCUGAUGUUGAUUUGGAUGCAGUUGCUACUAUGACCGAUGGAUACUCUGGAAGUGAUCUUAAGAAUUUAUGUGUUACGGCAGCACACCGGCCUAUUAAAGAGAUAUUAGAAAAAGAAAAAAAGGACCGCGUUGCUGCACUAGCAGAAGGUCAACCGGCUCCAGCGUUAUGUAGCAGUGGGGACAUCAGAUCAUUAAACAUGGAGGACUUCAAAUAUGCUCAUCAACAGGUUUGUGCGAGUGUUUCUUCUGAAUCAGUAAACAUGACUGAGCUUUUACAAUGGAAUGAACUAUAUGGAGAAGGGGGUUCAAGAGUAAAGAAAGCACUCAGCUAUUUCAUGUGAGUUUUUCUUUAGCUGGCAUAGUUUCCCUCCAGUGCUGCCUCCAUCUCAUGAAGCCUACAUUUAUAGUUUGCCGAUUUUUGUGGCUUCCCAGAGGUUUGCUGUUGAGCCAUUUCGUUUGUAAAAUGAAAUAUAGAAUUUUAUUAAAGAAGUAAUUUUAGUACAUUUGGGAUGAUGAGUUUUGGAAGUAGGGAAGCCUUCCAGAAUUUUGGUCUGUUCCGCUACUUUUGUUUUGUUCCUCAUCCCAAGGGAACAUGUUUUUAUUUUUAUUUUUUCAAGUUAUAAAAGUUCUACUAGAUGAAAUAGCCA